AUGUGCACCGAUAACGGUUCGGAAGGUGUUCUCGCGUCAGAUAUAGGGAAAGAACACGAGCGGGUCGUUCGCAUGGGCCGUGAACAUGCUGCUGGAGCUGAGAACCUCGACCCCAACAUCUUUGACACGCCGUUCUACUGGGAGUACGUUACGUGCUUGUCCCACCAGCAUCAUACAACUACGGGAAUUAGCCUUGCGAUUUGUGGGAUGUACUUCCUGACUCUGAUGGCCUCCACUUUGGGUGCCGGCGGUGCGGCUGCAGGAAUGACCUUUCUCGCGAUAACCCAGUCGUGCCGUCGAUGUGUCGAGUAUUACUUCCAGAAGGACGAGACUUUGGGAAUUAAGAAGGUCAGCAAAUACGUCAGAAACAGGUGGGGAUCAGGCGCAAACACAAUCAGAGAGGUCUGGAAUCAAAAGACCGAACUGAUUCACGCAGUGCGGCUUUAUAAUACCAGACUGAAGCAGCGAAACAACGCUUGGAACCCGGCUGCUCGCGGCCGCAAGAAUUUCAAAAAGAUAGUUCCUUCAGCCACAGUAACUGAUCACCCGUACUUCUCGGUGCUGCGUGUUGCGCUCUGGAUAACACGAGCACUAAAGUCGCUUCUCGACGUAAUGCAGGAAGCAGCUGUUGAAGCUCGGGUAAACUUCAAAAACUACACUCAAGAGCUUCGCUGUCAUACAUCCAAGUGGUGGGCAGAUCGAUGCAGUGGCUUUUUCGUCAUCGCUUCGCCGGUGCAACGAGUGCUCUUGACGGCUCUUCUGAGUUCUGCUGAGGUCGAUACGUGGAUAAAGGAAGCAGCAAUGCGGCGUCCGAUUGUGACAGUGUUGCGUGACUUAAUGAGUGACGAUGCACAAACACGCCAGUCUGCUGCAAAGGCGCUUGUU